CUCGCGGAGUCAGGAGGCUCUCGCGAGAUCAGAAGUUUACUUUGCUCGCUUCCUCCUCCAUGGCCGGGAGAGAGAAGAGGAGCGAGGUCUGGCUGCCGGUGGCGUCCGGCCUUAUUUCCUUCGCCCUCCGUCGGGCCUAGAGGCGCCCCGGCCUCCUGCCUCUUCUGGCGCGGCUGAGAUCGUUCCACUGUCUGAGGUGGCUGAAGAAAAAGUCCUCUGGCUGACUGGAAUAAAUGUCUGCCAGAAGACCUGAGUGUAUGGAUUUAUGUUUUGUGUACACCUUACACACAUAGCCUCAAGAUACCGUGCUGAAUGAUGUUUCUUCUUAAAAUAAGAUUCCAGGAGGGGAGUAAUUCACGGACAUCUUCAGUAUUUAUUAGUAAUGUCAGUUCAGUUGCCUUUGAAAAAAUGUCUUUGCAUAGUAGCUACUAAAAAAAGCCUUUGGGGUAAACAAGCAACCCGACAGCUGUACUACUUGUACAGACCAAAGUUUUUCUGGAGAAUAAGUCAUGCUGUUCCGCUUAGAAUUUUACACACAAGCAAACCAUAUUACAGAUGGACCAGAGGCAAAACCUUGUGGCAUAACACCUAUCUUUGUUGCCAUGAUUUUUUAUAUUACGCAGUUUCUAAACUUAGCACUUCUAAGGAAUUGACAAAAACAAACAGUCGCAUGUCACGUUUCAAGAAUACUUUAGAGUCUGUCUCAAAAGCUGUGUCUGGAACUCACAGCGAGCUGGUUUCAAGGAUAGCUUGGUUGAAACCAUAUUCUGGCAUCUGGAACAAGGCAGUUGAAAAUGAUGGAAAAGGGAAUCGCUUUCUUACGAAUGCGGAAAAUGAUGGACAAGCCACAAAUAACAGAAGCCAGAAAGACUGCCAUGACAGUUUAGAUGAAAAUAAUCCUGAGUCUGCAGGUGAAGGCUUGGAUUCUAGUGUUGCUACUCAAAGCUCUUUGAAGGAUCUCGCAGAUGUAAAAAAUAGUCUUUUUCAUGUUAGUUAUUUUGCUACAAGCUUUGGAGAAACUUACAACUUCCUAGCCAAUCACAUCAACUGGUACUUUAGCACCUGUGCCAUGGAUCAAAAAAAGAAAGGAAAUGCUUCUUCUUCAAAACCACAGGAUCAAGGGGGAAAGACAGUUGAUGGACCAGAGACUGAUAUAUUAAGUAAUGAAAACAGGAUGGAUGCUGUAUCUGCUUUAAUACCUGCAGCACAGUCUCCAGAUGCUGACAAGGGCAGUGCCACCCCUCCACCUUCCAGCAAAAAAAGCAUUACAAGUUUUCUUUCAUACCCUACCAACAGUGUACAAGCCUUUGUGGAUAGUUACAUUGGAGGUCUGGUGCCCAAGUUACGAUCUGACCCCAAAACUGCCUUGCAAGAAAAGGGCAAAGCACAGGAACAGGAGGAGACAUUGAAAGAUGAUGAGGAGACCAAGCGUGCAGAAGAAAAGGAAAAGAGGCUGUCUCUACAAAGGGAGAAGAUUAUUGCAAAGGUGAGUAUAGAUAACAGAACCCGGGCUUUAACACAAGCAUUGCGAAGAUCUUCUAACAGAAGAGUCUGUAUCAACAGGGUUGAAGAACUGACAUACCAUCUCUUGGAAUUUCCAGACAGUAGAGGAGUUUCUGUUAAGGAGAAAAUCAUUCCAUGCUUAUUGCGGUUAAGACAGUCAAAUGAUGAAGCUCUUCAGGCUGCUGUUAGAGAGGCCUUAGCUGUAAUUGGCUAUUCGGACCCUGUGAAAGGAUGGGGCAUUCGAGUUCUCACCAUUGAUGGUGGGGGAACAAGAGGUUUAGUGGCACUUCAAACUCUUCGUAAACUAGAAGAGCUCACUGGAAAACCUGUUCAUCAUCUUUUUGACUAUAUUUGUGGAGUGAGCACAGGUGCCAUAUUGGCAUUUAUGUUGGGAUUAUUCCAUAUCCCUCUGGAUGAAUGUGAAGAACUUUAUCGCAAAUUGGGAACAGAUGUUUUUAAGCAAAAUGUCUUUGUUGGAACAGUCAAAAUGGGCUGGAACCAUGCAUUUUAUGACAGUGAAAUGUGGGAGAAGCUUCUUAAGGAAAGAAUGGGAUCAGCUGUUAUGAUUGAAACAUCACGAAAUCCCAGAUGUCCCAAGGUGGCUGCAAUAAGUACCGUUGUUAGCAGAGGGACACCAUUGAAAGCCUUUGUUUUUAGAAAUUAUAAUCAUCUCCCUGGAGUCAAGUCUCACUAUCUUGGAGGCUGCCAGUACAAACUGUGGCAAGCUAUCAGAGCAUCAUCUGCUGCCCCAGGCUACUUCCAGGAGUAUGUAUUGGGUAAUGACCUUCAUCAGGAUGGAGGGCUGCUGUUAAAUAAUCCUACCGCUUUAGCAGUGCAUGAGUGCAAAUGUCUUUGGCCAAAUGUGCCACUGCAGUGUGUUGUAUCCCUAGGAACUGGCCGAUAUGACAGCGAAGGGAAAACCCAUGUCACUUACACAAGUUUGAAAGCUAAAUUGACUAAUGUCAUCAGCAGUGCUACUGAUACUGAAGAGAUCCAUACUAUGCUGGAUGCCCUUCUACCUCCAGACACCUACUUCAGAUUUAAUCCACUGAUGAAUGAAGAUAUAGCUUUGGAUGAAAAUCGUAGAGAAAAGCUUAAUCAGUUGCAGACAGAUGGCAUCCGUUAUUUAGAAAGAAAUGAAGAAAAACUGAAAAAAGCUGCCAAAAUAUUAACACAGGAAAAAACUACUUUGCAGAGACUGAAUGACUGGAUGAGAUUAAAAGCUGAUAUGUAUGAAGGCCUCCCGUUUUUUUCCAAAUUGUGAAAAUGUAUAGCAUGAAAGAUGAUAGGUGUAAAUCUUGUUUCAGAAGUCUGUUAUGUGUUAAAAGGGAUCAGCAUUUAUUAGUCAUUGUGUAAUUACUUAUUAAUGUAAUGAGCUGAGGAAAAAAGCAUUUCAGUCAGCAGCAUUGGUUGGAUCCAAAAAGCCUGCUGUCCAAGUGGAAGGAGAGGGUGCCAGUCUCUUUUCUUCUCUUCCUUCCUCUUUCAGUCUGCAGCUCUGAGGCUUCUGAAGUGUCUUUGAAGCCAAUUUUCAGAAGGACACAGAUAAGGCUAUGGAUUAUACUCACUUUUACACAGUCAAAAGAUCAUUCCCGUAAUGCAAUGGAAUUUCUGGAUUCAUAAUGUCCUGUACUAUUUCCUGAAGUAUGUGUUUAUUGGGUUAGUGAGAUUUUGAGUUUUCACAAUCUGACAGUAGUAAAAUUAAAGUAAAAUGCUGUUAUAUUAUUUUAGCCUGACAUUAGUCACAUUUUGUCUAAAUUAUGAAAGAUAAAUUUUGGUUUUGGAACUGCAUGUCAAAAUCAUGUGGACAAGAACUGUAUGUGUGUACAUAUUAUUUAAUGGUUUUUGAAAUGUGGAAAAUGAACCAAUCCAAUUGGACAGGUUUGUUUACAGCAAUUUAUGCCACAAUAAAUAACUUAUUUUAAUUCUGCUGAAAUUACUGGAAUAAAACAGUUUUAAAUGAAUCAAUAGCAGUUCAGCUAGGUUACACAAUGGAUUGUAGUGUAUUAUAAACCAGCAGUAUGCUCCAGGUUUGGGAUAUUGGCAUUAAAUGUCAUCCCUUUUGUUUAAUAACAUUGUAAAUUGCCUUAUGACAUAAUGACAAGUUAAACAAAUGAUUAGAUUUUAAAACCAUAAAGUACCCAGAAUAAUAAGCAUUUGAGUCUGUAUAUUUCUCCAAAUUUAUUUCAUCCAAGUCUGUAUUUGGUUGAUUACAGUAUGGUCUCCUUUAGUUAAUAUCUAAGUAGUUUCUGAAAAAACUAUUUUAAGAACUUUUUCUAGGUUCUACUCCAAGGUAAUUCAUGGUUUUAAAAGCAAUCCUAAACCUAUAAGGAAGGAUAUACAUUUGUAAAAAUGAUACCUUAUGUCCUUGUAAUAUGCUUUAAUUUGUGACACAUAUUAAGCCCACUUGAAUUAUUACCUAAAAUAAACAAGUUUAUUCAUGUGUCGCAUAUAUGCUAUGCAUUAAUUUCUCCAAAACUUGAUUUUUAACUUGAAACAAGUUUUAUUAUGUGUUUUGCUUUUGAAUGGCUGUGUAACGUCAACACCAGUAUUUAAAGUAGCAUGGAAAUUUUGUCGUUGUGUUAACUGCAGUUCAUUUCUAUAUAUUAAAAUGACACACGGGUUAUUUUCAA